AUGAGCUUCGCUACCAAUGAAAGCCCCAAGGGUUUCAGCAACGAUGUGCUGCUCGUUUGUGUCCCGACCCCGCCAAACGAAACGUGGAUAGCUCGACUCAAGGUACUGCAUCCAGAGCUCACAGUGCGUUGGUAUAACCAACCUCAGACAUUUCCUCCCGCGCCGUUGCCUGAAGAAGUUUACGAGGGCGUAACGAUGCUCCUCACCCUUUGGCCUCACCCAGCCGAGUCGUUACCAAACGUCCGUUACAUCCAGUUGCUCUCCGCCGGCGCCGACAGAUGGAUCACACAUGACUUGCCCCAGAUCGCAGAGUGGGUGAUUGGCACUUGGUUGAUGGUCAACCACAAUUUCCUCGGCUACGCAGAGCAGCAGAAAGAACAAAAAUGGUCCCGCUUGAGUGGGAUGGCCCUAGACUCACCCGGCCUCCGCAUGGGCAUCCUCGGCUAUGGGGCGAUUGGACGGCAGUGCGCGAGGAUCGGCCAAGCUCUGGGCAUGGAAGUCUACGCCUACACUCGGAGCGAGAGAUCGACCCCUGAAUCACGCAAGGACGACAGCUACUUUGUUACCGGGACCGGGGACCCGGAUGGCCUUGUGCCGACGAAGUGGUUCCAUGGCUCGACGAAAGAAGCCGUCAAUGACUUCCUGGCGCAGGACCUCGACUUCCUCGUGCUGGCUUUGCCACUGACGGAAGCGUCCACCUACAUCCUCGGCCGCGAGCAGUUCGACAUCUUGUCUAAGAAGAAGACCUUUGUCUGCAACAUUGCCCGCGGGAAGCACAUCGACAGUGAUGCCCUCCUUGAAGCAUUGCAGCAGGGCAAGAUCAGGGGCGCCGCCAUCGAUGUGGCCGACCCCGAGCCCUUGCCCGACGGACACCCACUCUUCACCGCGCCCAACAUCUUUAUCACUCCGCACGUCAGCUGGCAAACGCCGCAUCUCCUGACCCGCAUGCAAGAUAUCGUCGAGAAGAACCUCGAUAGCCUGAAGGAAGGGAAGCCGCUCAUCAACGUCAUGAAUCGGGAGCACCAUUAUUGA